CAGACAUGGCAGAAAGCAGGUGAACUCCAUGUUCCUGACUUCCUGAGAGCCGUUGUCAGUCAGGCAGCGUCACGUCUCGGAAUUUGCAGCUGUGGGACAUUUGAGUCACAGUUUGAGAACAACAAAGUGAGUGGGAUGUUUGCACAUGACCAAAGGCCGAACAGAGGAUCUUGUUCAGAUAAAUAUCCCAGACUGCUGAGCGGUUCUUCACUUCCCCAGGACACCAAAACACACAACUGGUGGCCAGUUCAACAUGGCUCUGCCACGCUUUACCACAGCAGGAGUUAUUUUCCUACUUUUCUCCACCUCAUCAGCUCAAAUCAGAGGAGAUAACAUUGCAACAUGCAACAUGAACGACGGCUUUGGAAAGUACUGCCCUACUACAUGUGGAGUUGCUGAUUACAUGUUCAGAUAUUUGCCAGGCGUAAGUGAAGACCUGACUGCAAUGCAAGAUCAACUGGAGAAAAUUGCCAAUUUAACUGGUGGGGCUGAUGAAAAAAUUACAUACAUGAAAGACUCGACAACUUCAGCGCAAAAGUCUUCCCAGCCUGAUCCAUACUACAGGAAGUCCUCCAGCAUGCUGGAUGAUGUUUUGCGUUUUGAAAAGACAAUACUUUCACAAGAACAGCAAAUGAUUGAACUUCAGAACUUGAUCUCAUCCAAUGAGAGGAGUAUGGGGGAAUUGAAGAAACUGGCCCUUCAGCUGCAGCAGAAAUGCAGUGAGCCCUGCAGAAACACAGUCGAAAUCCAGCCCACCACAGGAACAGACUGCCAGGAUAUUGCAAACAAAGGUGCCACCACCAACGGCCUUUACUAUGUGAAACCAGCCAAUGCACAGGCGCAGUUCUUAGUCUAUUGCGAGAUUGACAACUUUGGUCGUGGCUUCACUGUAAUACAAAGGAGACGUGACGGCAGCGUGGACUUCUUCCGAGACUGGACCCAGUACAGGGAGGGCUUUGGGUAUCUCUCCCCAGACGACAGCACAGAAUUUUGGCUCGGCAACGAGAAGAUCCACCUGCUGACGACCAGCUCUCCCAUCCCAACCGUUCUGAGAAUCGAGCUUGUGGACUGGGAUGGUAACAAAAAAUAUGCCGAUUACAACAUGUUCCGAAUCAGCUCGGAGGCUGACAUGUACAGACUCACCUACGGUUACUACUUUGGUGGCGAUGCUGGCGAUGCCUUCGACGGCUUCGACCUUGGAGAGGACCCCAGCGACAAGUUCCACACGUCACACAACGGCAUGCAGUUCAGUACUCACGACAAAGACAACGACAAGUACUCAGGGAACUGUGCCCAGCAGGACGGCUCCGGCUGGUGGAUGAACAGAUGCCACGCGGCACAUCUGAAUGGAAAAUACUACCAGGGCGGCAGGUACACUGCAAAGGAUACCGGUGAGUACGGCUUUGACAACGGAAUCACUUGGCUCACAUGGCACAAUCGCUGGUACUCCCUGAAAGAAACCACCAUGAAGCUCAUUCCGGUGAGCCGCAUCUCAGCGGGCGGCGGACAGCAGGCUGGGGUCAAACAGUUUGGAGGACUCGGAGAUGCAUAAACCGGAACGAUCGUUCUGGUCUGCUUUCAACUCUUAAAUUGACCCUGAAUAAAAAGUCUCCAAUUAUUAUGUGUUCCUCUCUGAUGUUUGCAUAUUUUCCUUAUGUUAAUCUGAUGUAACACAUUUUCUGAGGUUAGGUUUUCUUUAGUUUACCUACUUAGUAUAAUAGAUGCACUUUUAUAUAAAUUCCUUAGCGCGAUAUAUCUACAAAAAUGAGAGUAUUUUUAACUACACUGUUGACAAAAGAAUGUAAAAGCAAAAGCACAUACAUGAAAUAAAUGGUUACCAUUGGA